AUGGGCUCCCUGAAAGAAUCUCUGGCUGGUCCAGGUUUUAUAAUCCUCAACGCGAUCCGCGUUCUCAACAUCAUCGCCUUGCUGGAUAUCAUCGCUGCCAGUGUGGUGAUGCUCAUCAAGAUCUCGAUGCUGAGCAGUUUUUUUUUCUUCGAGGCAGUUUCUCAUGUCAUCGCUGCUGGUAUCAGCAUAUUUCUCAUCGUCUCGGAACUCCCCUUCUUCCGUGGCUACUUUGACCGGAACUGGCAGCUUCUCAGUCAGGAUUCCGGGUUUAUUACCCUCGCGCUGGCGAUGCUCAUGCUCGGGGUUGGUGUCUUGGGCGACCUCAACACGGAAGCGACUAGUCAGGAGUCCUUAGGUCUUGCGUUUUGGAGGAUUGUCCUCUCGGCGGGGAUUUUGGCUAUGGUGAUGAGCGUGGUGAAUCUAGCGUCGAGUUUCAUCUUCGCAGACCGUGAACUAGGAGUCAGCGCACGCCACGUGCGAGUCUACGGAGCCGUCGCGCCCCAGAAAGUGAUCUCCCGGACCAGCAGCCAGCGCUCCUUUCAGCUCAGCACCAAACGCGAGGAGACGCUCCCGACGUACACGUCGUCUCCGAUACGGCGGCAAAGUACACUCUCUCGAUUUCCUGUCAAGAUCUCGGGACCGCUCAAUCCGAACGACGCGGCUUCCAUCAAGUCGCUCUUGAUCUUCUUCGCGCCCGUCAUCAUCCCUCGCCUUCUGAACUUCUACCGAACCGCCCGAGUCCUCAUCACCCAACGUCCCCCACCGCGACCCCUCCCCACCAAAGCAUCUCAAGCCCUCAAUGUCCUCUUCUUCGCCAUCGCCCUCUUCCUCGCCCUCAGCCUACCAUGGAACCCGCACGCGCCGGAAUCGAACAUCUUCGCCCUGACGCGAUCGCGCAUCAACACCCCGACCGACGUCCUCUUCAGCCGUCUCACGCGCCACCGCGCCGGCAACACCCUCACAGCCGCCGAUGAACUCCUCCGCAGCAAGCUCAUCUCGCUGGGCGCACGCAAGGCCUACCUCCGAUACGGACCGGACACCCUCACCGGAUGCCAAUUCUGCUCGCUCGACAACCUCCACACCCACCUCCUCUACUACCUCCCCUUCAACACGCUCAUCCCGCACCUCUUCCACAUGGCCAUCAUCGGGCUCGCGACGUCCGCCCCACUCGCCGGCCGACACGCCGCCCGGUGGCGCAACAAGUUCACACUGGCGGGGCUCGCCCUCGCAGCGAUCGACUGCUACAUCGUGGCUACCUACGACCCCAUCCAGUCCGGGUCGGCGGCCGUGCGCGCGGGCAUGAGCACACCGACGAGCCUGUACGACCGCAUCACGGUGUUACGGCCGCUGGCGUUCGCCGUCUUCGACGCGGCGUGUGCAGCGGUUAUCUACCUGACCGCGACGAACCGGUUCUUCUUCACGCCGCCGUCGCAGGCGGACGCGGUCGACCAGCUGGUGUCGCAGGCGCUGUCGGCGACGGGGGAUGCCCGCGCCAAGCUACAUGCGAGCAGUGUGACGCGCAAUGCGGUGGUGCGGGACAAGCAGCUGAAGGAGCGGGACGACGCUUACUGGCGGACGGUGGUGGCGAUGAGCGGGGGUGGAGUGGGGGAGGGGGAUGGGGAAGGAGUUGGGAAUGGGGAGGGCCAGACGGUGGUGCCGACCAGUAUCUGGGAAGAAGAAGAAGUGGUGCGGGCCAUGUCGCGGGCGAUGAGUGGACACGGCGGAGUGGACUUGGCCCAACUGGGGGUCAAUGCGGCGGAAUAUGUCGAUGGGGUGACGGGGGGGUUGGAUCGAUGA